CCUGGCCAUAAAUUCACUUGUCAACAAAUGGACUAGUGCAGCAAGGCGGAAUUUGAUGUGAUGCGACCACGGUGACUAGUUUGUUUUCAUCAUGAAAGCAAAAGACAGUGCGUACAUCUUACUGAGCAGCUUGCUAUUUGUUGCUGGUGCAAGUUACUCUGCUAACGACACAAAUUACUUCAGGCAAAAGCGACAAAGUGAAAGUAGCAGAUGUACACUCCCACCUCACCCCGAACAAGGGCAUUGGAAACUUCUCAAUGGAAAAGCCAAUCCAGGCGAAAAAGUGCUGAUAGCAAGUGUCAUUACAUUUGAAUGCAAAUCCGGAUACAAGCUGUCGAGUAAAAUUCCCUUGGUUUGCCUUGGAGAGUGGUCUUCGCAAGCUCCUCAAUGUGAAGAGUUGUGUUCACCACUGUAUCCUUCAGACGCAUAUGAUCUAAAAUGCACUGACAAAAUAGGAAGAGAAGUAAAUUGCAGUGAAGCCACCCAUGGGACAAAACUAGAAUACUCCUGCAAAACUUAUUACGAGACUCCUUCUAACUACAAGAAGACACUUUUCUGUGAAAACGGCAAAUGGGAUAACCCCAGACCAGUGUGCUUGCCAGUUUGUGGGAAAAAAAUUUCAAAAGAUACAGAAGCCUUAAUAUAUGGUGCUAAGCCCAAUGAAAAAAUAGAGUAUCCAUGGGUUGCAGCAAUUUAUCAAAAGUUUAAUAAUUCUUACGAACAUAUUUGUGGAGGAUCCAUUUUAAGUCAAACAGUGAUUUUAACAGCUGCUCACUGUGUUACGAAUGAUUAUGGAAAUGUACUUCCAAAACAAAACUACAAGGUUGGAGUAGGGAAACUUUAUAGAAGAUAUCAAGCAACUGAGGACACUCGUGCUCAAUAUUUGGAGUUAACCAAGAUAAUAGUACCUGAAGACUAUAAAGGAGAUGCGAGAAGAUACGCUGGGGAUAUAGCCGUAUUAGUAGUUAAGAAAGAAAUCACUUUGAAUGAAGUGACACAACCUGUUUGUUUCACGAACUUGAAAAAUAUUCGUUUACAUGCAGGAAGUAAAGGAGAGGUAUCAGGGUGGGGUCUUGCAGAAGGUGAGAUUCCUUCUGAGGUUUUGCGAACUCUGACGAUCCCCUACAAGUAUGAGACGGUUUGCGCAGAAGAGUUACCUCCCGACUGGGCCGACCGAUACAACUUACAGGACAAAAUCUGCGCUGGUUUCGUCAACAAAAGCACGAGCGUGUGUAGUGGAGACAGUGGCGGUGGACUAGCUUUCAAAUAUCGAGAGGACAACAGAUAUUACGUUCAUGGAAUUGUGAGCGUGGCACAUAAGGGUGGAUACAUCUGUAACAUCCAACAAAACGCACUUUAUACUAGUGUAGGGCAUUACUACGAAUUUGUAGAACGUCUUUUGACAAAGUAUGCUCCUAAGAUUAAAGACUGUGUUCUACCUCCUUUUCCCCAGAAUGGCAGAUGGACGACUGAACGAGGAAAAUGGAAACCAGGAGAUGUCGUUCCAUCCGAGACGAUUCUGAAAGUAGAGUGUGAUGAUGGAUUCAAGGAAUCUUCUACAAUAAACGUUGAAUGUAGUGCAGCCCACAACUUGCCUACGUGUGAGACGUUGUGCCCAUUGCCGAAAUUUCCCAGAGGAACAGAUUAUCAAUGCAAAAAUAAAGAAGGGCAAGCUAUCGUCUGUUCUACAGCUAUCGACGGAUCGACUCUAUGGUACAAUUGCCCCCGUAAAUACCAAAUGGCGGACGAUUUAGUUAACAGAACAUGCGUGAGAGGAUCCUGGGGACAACCCAAACCGGAAUGCAUUUUCGAAUGUGGUAAAAACGUUGUUGACGAUUCCGGAGUAGGAUCGCAAUAUCCAUGGAAUGUAGGGGUGUAUGAGUUGAACCACAACGCAGAUGAAAAGAAGCAAGAAGAAAGGUAUAAAUACGUUUGUGGUGGAUCGUUAGUUUCCGAAUAUGUUGUUGUAACAGCUGCCCAAUGUGUAACAGACGAAUCCUAUCACUUAUUAUCGAAUGAUGAUUAUUUGAUAGGAGCUGGCAAGCUUUAUAGGAGUUUUAAUGAUCCCAGAGACACGCACGCUCAAUUUGCUAACGUUACCUACAUCAAUAUACACCCAGAAUAUAAACUUUCAAGAGGAACUGGCUACAAUAUAGCCUUAGUGAUAGUAUCGACACGUUUUAAUUUCAAUAAUUUUAUACAACCGGUGUGUGUUGUUGAAGGCGAUGACUAUUAUUACUACGAUAGUCCUUUUGACAAAGCAGAGACGAUGAUUGGUUGGAGACUUACGGAAGGGCAUUCCCUUGAAACAGUCGAAUCUCUAGAAGUCGAUCAGCCAACGGAAAGAGGUCCCUGUAAGGUCCCUUCUCACAUCAGCCCCUAUUCCUUCCCAGUACAAAACAGGUGUAGCAAAUUUAAGAAUGAAUCAAUUUGUUUGCUCCCUGAGGAUCGGGGCAAAGGUGUAAUUAUCAAGCAUAAAGAUAAUGGUAGAUAUCACCUUCUAGGUGUAGUUCUUUAUUUUGAAUAUACGACGUGUCAGAAGGUUUUCUGGAACACCGAUGUUACAGGCGUUACUUCGCUGAUUCAAUUCAUAGCGUCUUAUUUGAAUUUUGUGUUUCAGUUGUUCAAGAUAAUAGUCCCCGAAGAUUAUAAAGGAGAUAUUAGAAAAUACGCUGCAGAUAUAGCCGUGUUAGUGGUUAAGAAAGAAAUGUCUAUAAACGAAAAAGUACAACGAGUUUGCUUUACAAACAUGAAAAACAUCCACUUACAUGCAGGAAACAAAGGAGAAGUAUUAUUUUUCUAUCUAGCAAAUGUUAGAACACACCCAAGACACUGGUGGGGCCUUGCGGAAGGUGAGAUGCCAUCGGAAGUCCUAAGAAGCCUAGUGAUCCCUUACAAAUAUGAAACGGUCUGCGCAGAUGAAUUACCUUCCGAGUGGGCCGAUAGGUACAAUUUAAAAGACAAAAUUUGCGCCGGUUUCGUCAACAAAAGCACGAGCGUGUGUAGUGGAGACAGUGGCGGCGGACUGGCUUUCAAAUAUCGAGAGGACAACAGAUAUUACAUUCACGGCAUCGUCAGUGUGUCACAUCAAGUUGGAUACAUGUGCAACAUCCAACAAAACGCGCUUUACACUAGCGUGGCUUCUUAUUACGAAUUUGUAGAUCGCCUUUUAACAAAAUACGCUCCUAAAGUUAGAGACUGCAUACUGCCCGCAUUUCCCCAAAACGGCAAAUGGACGACAGAGCAAGGAAAGUGGAAACCGGGAGAUGCCGUUCCAUCGAGCACGGUUCUGACAGUUGAAUGUGACAAGGGAUUCGUACUGUCUUCCAAAAGAAGCGUUGAUUGCAGUACAGCCCAUAACUUGCCCACUUGUGAGAUGUUGUGUCCAAAGCCGACCUUUCCUAUAGAAACAUAUUAUAAAUGCAUCAACAGAGAGGGACAAGACAUCGCUUGCUUCUCGGCUACCGAGGGAUCCCAUAUGUGGUACUCCUGCCCUUCUAAGUACAAACAGGCAGAAGGUUCCUUUAACAGAACUUGCUCAAAAGGGUCUUGGGGAUUGCCCAAACCAGAAUGUACUCGAGAAUGCGGUAAAAAAGUUGUCGACGCCUCCGGUAUAGGAUCGGAAUAUCCCUGGAAUGUAGGGAUUUAUAAAUUAGACGACAACGUGGAAGAGAAGUAUGGGUAUGUCUGUAGUGGAUCGUUGGUCUCGGAGUAUGUUGUAGUGACUGCUACUCAGUGUGUAACUGAUGAGUUGGGUGACCUAGUGCCAAGAGAAAAGUAUCUAGUAGCAGCUGGGAAACACUAUAGGAAAUUUAAUGAUUCCAGGGACAUGCAGACUCAAAUUUCUGAUAUUACCUACAUAAAUGUACACCCUGGGUACAAAGGAACAGAGAAGACUGUCUACAAUAUAGCUUUAAUAGUAGCGUCAAAAGUUUUCAGUUUCAAUAAUUUUGUACAACCAGUAUGCAUUACUGAGUUAAGCGACUUUUGGUUUAGAGAUGGCGAUGCGGCAAUGAUGACGGGUUGGAGAGGUGCUGAAACAAUGGAAUCUCUAGAAAUUGAAAAUAAAUCGAACGGUGCAUGUCCGCUUCCUUCCUCCUUCGAACAUCUUUUUUUCUCUUUGGAUAACACAUGUGCUGAAUUUAAGAAUGGAUCUUCUUGUUUACUCCCUGAAGACCGCGGCAAAGGUAUAGUUGCGAAACAUCCGGAGGAUGACAGAUACUACAUUCACGCUGUGGCUACUUAUUAUGAAAGUAAGGAGUGCCAGAAAAAAUUUUGGAUCGCUAAGAUAUCGAGUUACAGUAAUGUCAUUUCUUGUACAACAUCUCGACUGUAAUUAUUUUCAGUACAUUUAAAAACCAGUUUAGAUUUUUACGAAGUGAUGUAUCAGGAAUGGUUAAGACUGCACAGGCAAACAUUUCACAAAAACGUGUUACAAUAGCGGCAAAAUGAAUACUUGACCACAACUGAAUAAACUGAAUACGAUUAACGCUACAGCUGGAAGUAAUGGUAAAACGUACAGAAAACCCCAAAAAAGCAAAUAAGAUUCUCUCAUCUGCUGAUUCUAUAUUCUUGAAGACAUAUUCCUGUAUUAAAAAUAUGUAUUUUAUUAAACGUGAAAUAAACGUGAAAUAAAUAAA